AAAUCGUCUUGGUUCUUUCUUCCAAAAUCUCAAUCAAAGUCCCCCUCCCUCCCUCCCUCCCUGGCUGGCUGGCUGGCUUUUCCACACCAUAAAUGUGGUUUUUACAAAAAUUGAGAGGGAAAAUGGAGGAGGAGGACCCAUUUGGACCAAAAUCUCAACAACAACUUCCAGAUUCCAUCGACAAUGAUCAUCUAGUUCAAAUCCUCGCUCAAGACCUCCAAAACCUAGUCUUAUCCUGCAAUCAACUGGAAGCUGAAUCUUCCAGCGGAACUGAGAAAGUGGAUCCGGAUGAGUUUAGGGUUUUAGAAGAUGAGGAUGCGAGUGUUGAUGAACGUGUACAAGAUCUGGAAAAUCAGACAAAAAAUGUCAAAGCUGCUGCUGCUUAUCAUUAUCCCUUGAGAUUAGAUGCUGAGGAUUGUGCUUAUUACAUUAGGACUGGGAUGUGUAAGUUUGGCUCUAACUGCAAGUUUAAUCACCCUAUCAGAAGGAAAAUCCAGCCUAUCAAAGAGACAAAGAAGCAAAAGGAAGAAAAUGUGGUGGAGAGGCAUGCACAGACUGAGUGCAAGUAUCAUACAUCAUCUGCGGGCUGCAAGUAUGGAAAGGCUUGCAAAUUUAAUCAUGGAAGAGGAAAGAGUGUUAAAACACCAGUGGCAGAGUACAACUUUUUGGGCCUGCCAAUCCGACCGGGAGAGAAAGAAUGUCCUUACUACAUGCGUAACGGUUCCUGCAAAUACGGGCCAAGUUGUAGGUUUAAUCAUCCUGAUCCUACUGCAGUUGGGGGCGAUGAUGUUCCCACAACUUAUGCCAAUGAUGCUCCCACAAGUUAUGGCAAUGAAGGACCUCUUCCGUUACAACCCGCACCCCAACCCAAUAUUCCCAAUAUGCCCUCAUGGUCGGCCCCAAGAACGCCAGACCCCACCGCUGCCUUUGUACCACCAAUGGUGUACCCACCAACCCAAAACAUGCCUCCGCCAAAUCCAGACUGGAAUGGUUAUCAGGCUCCUGCUCAUUUAUACCCGAGUUCAGAGCAGGGCUUACCUAUACCACCGGCUUUCUUCCUCAACAAUCCACAGAAUAAUAAUACUAACAUGUACACACAUCAUCAGCAGCAGCAGCCUAUGUUAGUUUCAGAGUAUCCUGAGAGGCCCGGUCAACCCGAUUGCAGUUACUUUAUGAAAACCGGAGACUGCAAAUACCGGACCUCAUGCAAAUUUAAUCAUCCUCAGAGCCGAACCACCACAACUUUAAGAGAUCAGAAUAUCUGCACUUACUUCAGUAGGCAUGGAACAUGCAAAUAUGGGGCAGCUUGUAAAUACGAUCAUCCAGUAAAUUAUAACAGCAACUCAAACCCUGCAAGAGAAGGGUACAAUGGGUCAAACGGGCCCAAGUCCCUGAUACAACAAUCCGUGUGAUCAAGUGGUGCUCUUUGCCAUCCUUGGAUACAAGUUUCAUGUUUUACUUUGAUUUUCUUGGAUGAUAUUUGGUUAAAUUGUUGAAUUAUAUCAGGAUAUAUUAAAUUAUCUUUACUGCUGCAGUCUAUGCUUGUGUUUGAGCUGAUGACUGUCGUGCCCUUUUUAGCGUUCAGUGACAUACAGAUGGCGCGUAAGAUUUUUCUAGGGCAAAUAUUGGAAAUCCUAUUGACUUUUGUUGACUUGCAUAAAAGCUAUUGUACUUUAUUUUUAUUUGGUUAA